GUCAGAAUUCAUAGCGAGGGAGUCAUUUCUAUGAGAUUGAUCAUAUCGAGCGCCCACAAGUAAUGUAAAAGAACCAUCGUCCCAUCUCGCUCCUUCUCUCGCCUCGCUCAGCUCGAGGUAAGCGUGGUGACCGUGUCCACGGCAACAGCUGCAGCGCAGCUGCUUCAGGAGGACCUGCAUAGGUGAUUGUGACCACCGUGUGGGUUUGCAGCAGAGCUGAGCCUGCUGCACCAGUUUCUGCCUGAAGACCACUCACUCUAACCACAAUGCCGCAGAACGAGCAUAUUGAGCUUCACCAGAAGCGUCAUGGCCGGCGCCUGGAUUAUGAGACGCAUAUGCGGAAAAAGGCUGCAAGAGCACAUAAAGACCUUUCAUGGAAGGCACAGAAGUUGCAUGGAAUAAAGGGCAAGCUCUUUGGAAAAGAACGUCGGAAGGAGAAGAUUCAAAUGAAGAAGACCCUGAAAGCCCAUGAAGAGAAACUCAACAAAAAGAAGAAUAAGGAGGAAGUGCCAGAAGGUGCCAUUCCAUCUUAUCUCUUGGACCGUGAGGGUGAAUCGAGAGCCAAAGUCUUGUCUAAUAUGAUCAAACAGAAGAGGAAGGAGAAGGCCGGUAAAUGGGAUGUUCCCCUUCCAAAAGUUAGGGCACAGUCUGAAGCAGAAGUGUUCAAAGUUAUCAAGACCGGUAAGAGAAGAAAGAAAGCUUGGCAGCGAAUGGUGACUAAAAUUACUUACGUCGGUGACAAUUUCACAAGAAAGCCUCCCAAGUUUGAAAGGUUCAUAAGACCUAUGGCACUCAGAUUCAAGAAAGCUCAUGUUACACAUCCAGAACUGAAAGCAACAUUUUGCUUGCCCAUAAUUGGAGUGAAAAAGAACCCUAGUUCAACCAUGUACACAUCAUUGGGAGUGAUUACAAAGGGUACUGUAAUAGAAGUGAACAUUAGUGAACUGGGUCUUGUAACUCAGAGUGGUAAAGUUGUUUGGGGCAAGUAUGCCCAAGUUACAAAUAAUCCGGAAAAUGAUGGUUGCAUUAAUGCAAUUCUGUUGUUCUCUUGCACUAUUGACUUUAUAUUUGGACUAAUUAAAAAAUACAUGACUGAAGAAAUUUAUAUUUUUCAGACUGCCACCAUGCAGAUCUUCGUUAAAACCUUAACGGGGAAGACCAUCACCCUUGAGGUCGAGCCUUCAGAUACUAUCGAAAAUGUGAAGGCAAAGAUCCAGGAUAAAGAGGGAAUUCCCCCAGACCAACAGCGUCUUAUCUUCGCUGGCAAGCAACUUGAAGAUGGACGUACUCUGUCUGACUACAACAUCCAGAAAGAAUCUACUCUUCACUUGGUACUGCGCCUUCGUGGUGGUGCCAAGAAGCGCAAGAAGAAGAAUUACACUACCCCCAAGAAGAUUAAGCACAAGCAUAAGAAGGUUAAGCUUGCUGUGCUGAAGUACUAUAAGGUGGAUGAUAAUGGCAAGAUCACCCGCCAGCGCCGUGAGUGUCCCAGUGAGGAGUGUGGUGCUGGUGUGUUCAUGGCCAACAUGUUUGAUCGUCAGUACUGUGGAAGAUGCCACUUGACUUUCGUCUUCAAUAAGCCAGAAUAAAGUUGAUGGUAGUUA